AUGCAACCAGAUGGAAAUGGGUUGAAAAGAUAUUGCCAUGACCGUACCUGCAAAACUCUCCACCAAUUUGGCUCUGAGCUUUCAUCUGGAUCCAUUUCUCAAUUUGGUGGAAUUACCCACACUAACAACCACUGGACUGCAUUUGUCAUCUCCUCUAGGGAAUCGACCAUCUUCAUCGCUGAUUCCUUACACUGGCCAAUGGGGAACAAUGGGCCACCUGCCAGAGUCAAGGAGGCAGCCGCUACUCUUCAGUGGUGGCUCAACGCAUUGUAUUUGAGUUCAAAUCAAUCAGUCUCUCCAUUCCGGAUUGUGAGGCUGCCAAUUGCUUACCAGAAGGACUUCUUCUCAUGCAGCAUCUUUGCACUCAAUGCACUGAUGCACCAUUUCAUUCCAUCCCAAUACUCCCUCAGCACCGGCAAUGAUAUGGUGAUGAUAUGCAUCAAGCUUCUUGUGUCAAUCCUUGAUCAUCAUGCUGCACAUGGAACACCUGGCCCUGAAGUGAUCACACCAAUAACAACAGCUGCCCCAGUGGUAGCAACCCCAGUGGCAGCCAUUGGAGCAACAACAAUGCCAGUCAGAGUGACAGUGCCACCAGUGGCAACAAUCCCCAUAGCAAAGGCCAGCCCAUCAACAAUGUUUACCCAAGUAGCAACAAUGCCAAUCAAGGUGAUCGUGAUGUCAGUACCAAGAAUGGAGCCAAUGGUGGUAGAACCUACUGUGCAGACAGGCACCCUGGCCCCGACAACCAUUUUGCCCAACCCUGAUGCCAAAAAACCAAUUGGAAAAUGGAAGCUGGACCUCACCUUUCAGGAGGGGGAUGAGGGGCAUGGACUGCUGCGGUUUUUCAGCCAUGCAAGUCGUGAGGAAUAUGAGGGGCAAUCAUUGGUUGAACUCAAGAGAAUUGCUGAAAGAUCUGAAGAAGCACAGGUGCAAAGGUCACAUGUGGUGGAAAAGAGGGAGGAGCAAGGGGGGUCACUUAGGGAAAUAUCUCACCUGAUGUCCCUUUUCAGGUUUCAGCAGCUUUGA